GGCCGGGGCGGCGGUGACUCAGCCGGGAGAGGCGGGCGAGGAGGAGGAGGAGGCGGCGGGGCAGGAGGAGCAGCGGCAGCAGCUGCAGCCGCCGCGGAGCCGCUCACCUGCCCCGCUCGGCCCCCGCCAUGGCCCGCCGGAUCGCCGCCGUCCUCCUGCUCCUCGCCCUCGGCUGCCUCCUGGGCAUCCUCCUGCUCUGCCUCGGCUCCGGGGACACGCGGGGCCCGCCGGGCUUCAAGUAUGGCAUCGUGCUGGACGCCGGGUCCUCCCACACAGCCAUGUUCAUCUACAAGUGGCCGGCAGACAAGGAGAAUGACACCGGGGUGGUCAGCGAGCACAGCAUGUGUGAUGUGGAGGGUCCUGGCAUCUCCAGCUACAGCUCCAACCCACCAGCUGCUGGUGCAAGCUUGAAGCACUGCCUGAACCAGGCCCUGAGAGAUGUGCCCAAGGAGAAGCAGGUGGGCACCCCGCUCUACCUGGGUGCCACGGCUGGCAUGCGCCUGCUCAACAUCACCAACCAGCAGGCUUCUGACGCCGUCCUCAGCGCCGUGGCGGCCACGCUGAAGUCAUACCCCUUCGAUUUCCGGGGGGCAAAGAUCCUGUCAGGGGAGGACGAAGGGGUCUUCGGUUGGGUCACCGCAAACUACCUCCUGGAGAACUUCAUCAAGCGUGGGUGGCUCGGGGAAUGGAUCCAGCCCCAGAAGAAGACACUGGGGGCCAUGGACUUUGGUGGUGCUUCCACACAGAUCACCUUUGAAACCAAGGACACCAUUGAAGACCCCAGAAAUGAGGUGAUGCUGAAGCUGUAUGGCCAGGUGUACAAAGUGUACACCCACAGCUUCCUCUGUUAUGGAAGGGACCAGGUCCUCAAGAGGCUGCUCUCAAGGCUCCUCCAGGCUGAGAGCUACCGAGCAACUGUCUCCUAUUCCUGCUGGCCCACGGGCUACAACAAGAGCCUAUUGCUGAGCAGUGUCUACAACAGCCCCUGCACAGAGAAGGAGAGGCCCAGCCUUGCCCUCAAUACCACCAUCACUGUGGUUGGUACCGGGAAUGGGAACCUCUGCGCUCUGCACGUCAGCAAGCUCUUCGACUUCACCACCUGCUCCUUCUCCCACUGCUCCUUCGAUGGCAUUUUCCAGCCGGAGGUUUCAGGAAAUUUCAUCGCCUUCUCUGCCUUCUUCUACACGGUUGACUUCAUCCAGACAGUUAUGGGGAGACCCAUACACUUGCCCAGCGACCUGAGGGAUGCUGCUGAGACCAUCUGUGCUACCAGCUGGAGCGAGCUGCUCCAGAAAGCCCCCAUGCUGGAGAAGAGGCUGCCGGAUUACUGUGCUGUCAGCACGUUUGUUUAUUUGCUCACCACCAAAGGCUACAACUUCAACAACCAUUCCUUCCCCAACAUUGCCUUCCAGAAGAAGGCAGCAGAAACCUCCAUUGGCUGGGCCCUGGGCUACAUGCUGAACCUCACCAACAUGAUCCCAGCAGAGAAGCCCUCUUCCCACAAAAGCAUGAUGUACAACUACUGGGUCAUCCUCAUCCUGCUCUUUGUGAUCACCACCCUGACAUCUCUGGUGACUGCCGUCUGCCUGCUCCGGCGCAGCAAGUCCAGCACAAUCUAAUGGCAGAGCCAGGGAGAACCUCGUCUGCAGGACCCAGCUCCUCCCUCCUGUUGGAGCCUCCAUAGCCUGAACACCGGGGAUGCAGCAAGUGCUCACAGCUGUUGUCCUUCUCCAGUACCCUACACUGCCUGUCCCUGAAGGGAAGCUAUCCAUUUCUGCCCUCCCCUUGUUUCAAGCUGCAUAAAGGGGGACAGAAGAGGACUGCUGGCCCUGCAGGAGGAUGGGUUAAGGGUUUCCCAGUGCUACUCAGGGAUGGACCCCAAAGCAGGCUCGGGAUCUGGAUUUUCAGACUUGGGGCAUCUUUCUGUCACUAGGCCUGAGCUGGACUGGACCAUUAAAUCCAGACAACAACGUGAUUUAUUCUCAAGUCCACAAAGUGUAAUUGAGGUACCAACAAGGAGAGGUGCUGUGCUGGACCUUGUCCUCACCAAGAAGGAGGGGCUGGUGAGGGAUGCUAGGCUCAAGGGCAGCCUUGGUUGUAGCGACCAUUAAAUGGUGGAGUUCAAGAGCUUUAGGGCAGCCAGGAGGGCUCACAGUAAGCUUACUGCCCUUGACUUCAGGUGGGGAGAUAGCCUCUUCAGGGAUCUCCUCAAGAGAGUGUCCUGGGAUAACAUCACAGAAUCAUCAAGAUUGGAAAAGACCUUCAAGAUAAUAAGGUCCAACCAUCCCACUAAACCAUCUCCCUCAGCACCACGUCCACCUGUUUUUUGAACAUCUCCAGGGAUGGUGCCUCCACCACCACCCUGAGCAGCUUGUUCCAAGGCCUCACCACUCUUUUUGUGAAGAAAUUUUUCCUAAUAUCCAAUCUGAACCUCCCCUGGCACAGCUUCACCCCAUUUCCUCUUGUCCCAUCACUGGUCACCAGGGAGAAGAGCCCAACACCCACCUCACUACAACCUCGUCUCAGGUAGUUAUAGCCAGCAAUGAGGUCUCCCCUCAGCCUCCUCUUCUCCAGGCUGAACAGCCCCAGCUCCCUCAGCCUCUCCUCAUAGAGCUGUUCUCCAGACCCCUCAUCAGCCUUGUUGCCCUUCUCUGCACCCUCUCCAGCACCUCCAUGUUCUUCCUAUCCUGUGGUGCCCAAACCUGCCCCCAGUGCUCAAGGUGCAGCCUCGCCAAGGCAGAGUAGAGGGGCAGGAUCACCCCCCUGGUCCUGCUGGUCACACUAUUCCUGAUGCAGGCCAGGAUGCUCUUGGUCUUCUUGGCCACCUGGGCACAUCCUGGAGGGGCCUUUGAAAGCUGGCUGAUAUUUAUGUGAUUUAAGGUGAUUUAAGAAUCACCUUCUCCAGGCCCAAGAGCAAUGCAGCCCAACUAAGAGGAAAUCAGGUAAAAACUCCAGGAGGCCAGUGUGGAUGAGCAAGCAGCUCCUAGAAAAGCUCAAACAUAAGAAGGAAGCAUAGAGAGCGUGGAAGCUCGGGCAGGUACCAUGAGAGGACUAUAGAGAGGUUGUCCAAGCAGUUAGGUCAGGAGAGCCAAAUCCCAGAUGGAAUUAAAUCUCACCAGGGAUGUAAAGAGCAAUAAGAAAUACCUUCUCUAGGUAUGCUGGGGAUAAAAAGACAACCAAGGAAAAAGUAGUUCUUCUCCUGAAGGAAACAGGAGACCUAGUUAGGCAGGAUAUUGAGAAGGCUGAGGUUCUCAAGGACUUCUUUGCAUCAGACUUCUCUGGCAAGUGAUCCAGCCUCAUCACAAAGGCCACAGCAGCUGAAAGCAGGGACUGGGAGAAUGAAGGACACCCCACUGAAGGAGAAGAGCAGGUUUGGGACCAUCUAAAGAACCCGAAGAUGCACAAGUCUGUGGGACCUGAUGGGGUCCAUCCACAGGUCCUGAGGGAGGUGGUGGAUGAAGUUGCUGAGCCUCUGUCCAUCAUAUCUGAGAGGUCAUGGCUGUCUGGAGAGGUUCCUGCCAAUUGGAAAAAAAGUCCCAUAGCCCCUAUUUUUACAAAGGGGAAGAAGGAAGACCCAGGGAACUACAGACCAGUCAGUCUCACCUCUGUGCCCAGCAAGAUCAUGGAACAGAUCCUCUUGGAGUAUGUGCAAAGGCACAUGGAAAACAAGGAUUUGAUUAGUGACAGCCAACAUGGCUUCAAUAAGGGCAAGUCAUGCCUGACCAGUUGGGUGGCCUCCUAUGACAGGCUACAGAGAUGGCGGAUAAUGGCAGAGCAACUGACAUCUUCUACCUGGCUCUGUGCAAGGCAUUUGACACUGUCCCACAUGA